UCCGCCCUCUAGUGGGCGGAGCGAUCGGGAGAUUGACAGAAGCGCGAGGAGCGAAGGCGCUGGGAGGACAGUUGGCGGCCUGAGUGGGCCGCUCUGAGAGGAAUUUAAUAUAUAUAUAUAUAUAUAUAUACCCAAACUCUGUUUAUUAAUCUAAUUUCGCUCCCGCCUUUCCUUCAGGAGCUCGCUUCUCCCUCCCUUUUGCUUCCACACAUCCCCUCAACAACAACCCUCCAAGGAUGACUCCUGCCAAAUGUAUCCUUGCUACUUCGGCUGAUUUUCCCAGGAAAGCAGAUGCCGCUUUUGAAUUGCGGUCCUGAUUCCUUCCAUCUGGAUUUCAGCUCUCUCAUCUGAAGAUAAGAAAGAAAAAAGAAAGAGAAAGGCGAAAUGACGACAGUUUCUUCCCGCAUGUGCCGGGGCUUCUCUGCAGUAUUUACCCAAAGAGGGUCGGUCUGUCCUUGGUUUUGUUCCGUACACCGUUUCAGAGACAUUCCUGGAAGAAAAAAAUGGAUAUGGCCUCCAAGCCCACAACCCACAGCUUUCCUUCUGGACCGGAGGCUGAUUAGCACGUCCCUGCCAGUCUAUAAAUUGCACAAGAGAGAUUUGGAGGAGAUGGCAAGAUCGUCGGAAGCGCUUUCUAAAGAGGAGGAAGAAGAGGAGACAUUUGAUGCUGAUGAAAGCUUUGGGUUGUUAACUCAGAAAUAUCCCCCCAAGCCCUUUUCUCAAGCGGCAUCGGCUGAUUUUCACAACUUGCAUCGCCAAACCAAAAAAGAAGAGGAGGAGGAAGACGAGGAGGAGGAACUAGAAAUAAAACCCAGACGGGGUCGAAGGAAUACCCCAUACUGGUAUUUUUUGCAGUGCAAAGCAUUGAUAAAGGCAAAUAAGCUGGCCGAGGCUCUUGAGCUCUUUGAGGUACAGAUGCUGAAGGAAGAACAUCUCUGGCCGGAGGAGUUCAACUACACGGUGCUGAUUGGUGGAUGUGGCAGGGUUGGGUACCUGAAGAAGGCCUUUCGGCUCUACAAUGAUAUGAAAAAGCGAGGCCUGACGCCGACGAUUGCCACCUACACGGCCCUCUUCAACGCCUGCGCGGAGACGCCCUGGAAAGACAGUGGUCUGCAGAGCGCUCUUAAGUUGCGACAGGAACUGACCCAAAAAGGCAUCGAGUUGAAUCCAAUUGCAUAUCGCGCUUUGUUGAAAUGCUGUGCUCUGUGUUGUGAUCUCCGCAUGUGCUUGGAUAUAUUAAAGGAAAUGGUGGGAAACGGCCAUCAACUCACCACAGAUACUUUCAACGUCCUGCUCAUGGGAUGUAUAAGCGACAAAGAGAAUGGAUUCCGCUAUGCUUUACAGGUUUGGCAGCAGAUGGCAAAGCUGAACCUCAAACCUGAUCUGUACACUUACAAUUUGAUGCUGUCAGCUGCCAAAUACUGUGGCAUUGGUGACUCUGAGGUAGCUUCUCAAUUGCUACUAAGACCCUCAGAGAAACGCCCAACUCACCUGAGGCUGAAUUCUGGCAGAGAGCAAGGCACAAAGGCUCGCAGGAAGAAAAUAGCUAACGUUCCAUCUUCAAUAUUAUCAGAUGUCGAAGCUCUGGAAAGAAAUAUGUUCCCAGGAGACAAUCCAAAAACUGAGGGGCCAGAAAGAAACCGAGGUGAUGCCAAGGACAUCGCAAAACCGAAGCCAAGCGCUCAAUCCGAUUUAUCAGAAUGCGAUACAGACGGGAGUUUGGUGAUCUCUGAGCAGCACCAGUCGGUUCCGGAAUCCCUAGCGGGAAACGCCUUCUCGGAGGCUGCCAUUCCCCUCCCUAACUUGCUAGAUUUCCAGAGUCCAGCCCCACAUGUGGUUUCCUUUGGGACGGUGGCAACGCCCUCCGACCGACUGGCUCUGAUGGGAAACAUGGAAGGUUUCUUAAAAAAAAUGAAGGACGACAAGGUGGCGGGGAACAUUCGGACGUUCAUAUUGUUGGCCGAAAACGUGGAACUCAACAGCCCAUCCGAAUCGUCGUUGCUGGCCGUCAUGGAAGAGAACAACGUGAAACCAGACGUGGCUUUUUUUAACACGUUGAUCAGAAAAAAGAGCAAGAAAGCCGACCUGGAAGCGGCAAAGAGCUUGCUGCCUUUAAUGUUGCAAAGCGGACUUUCGCCGGACCUGUACACAUUUUGUAACUUAGCCAUCGCCUGCCGCAAAUACAAGGAAGGGAUGCAGUUACUGUCAGACAUGAAGCGCUCUGGAAUAAAACCCAAUGUGCAGAUCUACGGGGCGCUGAUCAACGCAGCCGUGAAGCGACUGAAUUACACUUACCUCAUAGAGAUCCUUAAAGACAUGAGCAAGAAUCAGGUGGCUCCAAAUGAAGUCAUUCUUAACGUCCUGGAGUUUGCAGCCCAGUAUCCUCCUAAUUAUGAUAAGUACCAGAAAAAGGAUCAUUAUCUUGAGAAAAUUGAUGGCUUCCGAGCUUUCUAUUUCCAAUGGCUUAAAUGGAUGCCUGGGGAAGAAACACCACACCCUUGGACAAGAUACCGAUAUAAGAAUGUGGCACAAAGCAAAGAUGGCACCAAGCUGGAACAAGAUCAGGGCAGCCAGGAGCUAAAAUAAACCAAAUAUUGGCCAUUCGUUAUGGGAUGCUGGAACGUUUUUUUAAAUUGCUUUAAUUCUGUACGUAUCUCUUCACAUGAACCGUAAAUUAACCCCUAGGUGUAUAUACAACUGCAACCCAAAUUUAUGUGGAACAGUAAUAUAGUGUCUAAUAAAUACAAUUUUUCUAUUA